GUUUCCAAAAUAUUGGAAGAAUUUGAUGUUGAAGAACAACCAGGUACCAUGUUAGAAAAUCGCUUUCCCAACAUUAAGAUUAUAGAAUCUGGAGUCAAGCAACUGAAGAGUGAAGAACACUGCAUUUUCACAGAAGAUGGCAGUCAGUAUAUAUAUGAGAAACUCUGUCUGUGUGCCGGAGCUAAACCAAAGUUGAUAUGUGAAGGCAAUCCUUACGUAUUAGGAAUCCGUGAUACAGACAGUGCCCAGGAAUUUCAGAAACAACUUACUAAAGCCAAAAGAGUAAUGAUCAUUGGGAACGGUGGUAUUGCACUUGAGUUAGCGUAUGAAAUUGAAGGCUGUGAAGUGGUUUGGGCCAUUAAGGAUAAAGCUAUUGGGAAUACUUUCUUCGAUGCAGGGGCAGCAGAAUUUUUGACUUCCAAACUCAUUUCUGAAAAACCAGAGGCUAAAAUUGCACACAAAAGAACUAGAUAUACCACUAAAGGAAUGAAGAAGGAAGCAAGGACAAAAGCUGAUAAUGUAGGCAGUGCCUUAGGACCAGACUGGCAUGAAGGCUUGACUCUCAAAGGAACAAAAGAGUUUUCUCAUAACAUUCACAUUGAAACUAUGUGUGAAGUAAAGAAAAUCUACGUUCAGGAAGAAUUUAGAAUUCUGAAGAAAAAGUCCCUGGCCUUUUCAAGAGAUCAUCAUAAUAAGUCAGUUAAACCUGAUAAAGAGAUGUGGCCUGUGUAUGUGGAAUUGACCAAUGAAAAGAUAUAUGGCUGUGAUUUCAUUGUCAGUGCCACAGGAGUGACACCAAACAUAGAACCUUUUGUCCAUGGUAACAAGUUUGAUCUAGGAGAAGAUGGUGGCCUAAAAGUGGAUGACCAUAUGCACACAUCCCUUCCUGACAUCUAUGCUGCAGGGGACAUCUGCACUGCAUGCUGGCAGCUCAGCCCUGUCUGGCAGCAGAUGAGGCUGUGGACCCAGGCGAGGCAGAUGGGAUGGUAUGCAGCAAAGUGCAUGACUACAGACAGUUUGGGAGACUCUAUUGACAUGGAUUUCAGUUUUGAACUAUUUGCUCAUGUAACAAAAUUUUUUAACUAUAAGGUUGUAUUGUUGGGAAAAUACAACGCACAAGGCUUAGGCCCAGAUCACGAAUUAAUGUUGAGAUGUACCAAAGGACAAGAGUACAUCAAAGUCAUCAUGCAGAAUGGGCGAAUGAUGGGAGCUGUCUUAAUUGGUGAAACUGAUUUAGAGGAAACAUUUGAAAAUUUAAUUUUAAACCAAAUGGAUCUUUCAUCCUACGGAGAAGAUCUGCUAGAUCCAAAUAUUGAUAUAGAAGAUUAUUUUGACUAAAAUGGGAAUUUCUUCAAGAACCACAUAAAGUUCCAAAUGAGGGAAAAAAUGAAUGACUGUACUAAUUUAAUGACAACCACAUGAAGUUAAAAAUACAGAAGUGAUAAUGAUUUGGUGGGAAAGUAUUGAAAGAAAUAAAAUUCUAAGGAUAAAUCAGUUCAAAUAAUUUAUUUAAAGAUAUAUUUUUCUAAUAAAAAAAUUGACCACUUACUUUAUAAAGAAAUCUUAAUUUACCCAUUUUUAUGUUUUAAAUGUUUCACUAUGAUCUAGUUUUGGAGCAUACUUAAGACCCACUCCUGUCCUGGCUUAGCCAAAAUGCACUCUGAAGAUUCAGGUCCAUUCCUGACUGCAAAAGACCAAAACAAGGCUGUGGCUUCAGGAAGCUAAAAAUUUUGUUUUAUUCAAAUAGAGAUGGAGUGGCAUCUUAUUUGCUAGGAUUAUUUGUACUGAUAUCUUCACUUUUACUUGAAUUAUGAUAUGCUUUUUUUAUAACCUGAAAUACAUUAUUUAGCUUCAGAUGUCACUCACUUGUAGUGAUGACCCUGUGUCAGUAUAAUACUGCUAUCAAAAGGUAGUUACAUCAAAAGAAAAUACAUUUAAGUAUAUCAAGGCAUGAAGAACUUAAGGCAGUUUUAUGAACUUAUUCUCAAAUAAAAAGGAUUUGUUUCCCCUGUUUUAUACUAUAAAAUUAUACAAUUCAUGAUGUGCAAUUU